CAGCAGCUGACAGUGAAAACAUCCAGCCCGUCGCACUGCUUUGGGAAAUGGCAAGAGCUCCCUGAUGGAACCAGAGAAUAGCUCAAAGAGACUUCACAAAGACACAGCCAGGGAAGCCCAGCAGCUGGAAGUUUUUGAAAGGUGGAUUAAUUACCACUUAGAGAAGAGACAAUUAUCAAGGAGAUCGGUGAAUGUGUUGCAGGAUUUACAGGAUGGAGAAUUUUUCAUCAUCUUCCUUGAAGCAUUAACUGGCGAUCUCCUGCCCCGGAUCACAGGUCUCUGGUUCUUGCUCACAUUCUUCACCUACUGGAGACGCAAGUGGAACCUGGCGAUAGCCUUCACCUACCUGGAACAGCAGCAGAUAAACCUGGCGAAUAUCAGCAUCAAUGAGGUUCUGUCUGGAAACCCUGAUGUGAUUCUUCAGCUGAUUGGGAAUCUGGUUGCUCACUAUGAGAUUCAACCAAAAAACGUGAAAUACACACAGUGGAUAAAUACAGCGGAGUCCUGGCUAGAGAGAGCCCUUCCCAACAGCAGCAAAGAGAUCGAGAUCACAGCAACUAUGCCACUUACAGAGCUGUCGGAGCAGAGGUCUAAGCUGAAGGAGCUGCAGUUGGAUGCUGCCGAGACACUGGACUGUUUCACUGUCUGUGGAAGAGCAAUGACUUUCCCAGAUGCGCUGCAGGAUUCUCUCUCUCGUCUCAAUCGUCUCUGUGUUGUAGCUGCACUCCAUGAAGAUAUGUUGAACAUUGUAGAAAGUUCUGUGACCAACAGCACACAGGUCGACACGGUGCUACGGAACGGGGAGCAACAGCUGCGGGCUGGCAACCAGACAGUCAGAAACACCCUGCAACAGAUUGAACAGGACAUGAGGCAGCUCCAGACCCUGCACCAUGAAGUGGAAUUGGCCCUGGAAUUCUAUCAGGAGAUUGGCAGCAACAUAAAGGAAGCUGAGAACCUGAUGGAGAGAAUGAGAGACUGUGGUCAGAACUGGAUUGUUAAGAUUGCCCAGUAUGUAGACAGCCUGAGACAUAUACUGCAUCGCUGGAGCAGGAUAAACCAUGAGAUAGAGAGCAGGCUAAUUAUACUGGACGAUGUCUCUCUGAAAUUGAGCCGGUUCCAGCAUUGUCACCAGAAGCUGCUCAGACAUUUGCAACAAGCUGAACCGAUCUGUGAUGGUAACAUGGACAAGAACAACAUGCAUGGUGAAGAGCUGCAGGAGCUGGAGCUGCUGAAGGAGUUAGUGGAUUCAGCGGAACAGUACGGGGCAGCUUGUAAGAUGUAUGAGGUACAGGCAGCAGUAUUUAGCUGCUUGGUACAGUCGGGUGUGUGGCCAUGGACAGAACAAAGCAGCUCCAUGUUGGAGGCUUCCAUCCACCAGGCUGUGAGAGUAACUGGGUCCUUAAGCAGAUCCGGUGGGAUCCAUGUUGAUCGGGGAAUCGGCUGUGCUUCUCUCCGAAGUGGGUGUGGUUGGCAGAACGAGGUGUGCUUUGAGAGAUCAGCCGGUGUCCGGUGCCCAGAAGGUGAGGCACCAGGUGGCAGUGACCAUUUCUCUGGACUGCAGAGGACGGGGAUCGUGGAGGGGCCGCUGGGCACUGGCACCACCCCCUGGAGGAAGCAGGAAGGAGAGGCCUGGUCGGUGGGAAUGAGGUGGCUGCAGGACUGCAGCUGUGUGGCUGGAGCCCUGGUCCUGGGACGAACCCAGAGGAGGUUAUCCAUUUAUCAGUGUGUUGUGGAGGGGAGAGUGUGGCCUGGUACAGGCCUGAUGCUGCUUGAGGCCCAGGCAGCCACUGGCUUCAUACUCGAUGCUGCUGAGGGGCGCAGACUGACAGUGACGCAGGCUGUGAGGGCAGGGUUGGUAGGCAGAGAGCUCAGGGACAAGUUACUGUCAGCAGAGAGAGCAGUGACAGGUUACACUGACCCUGAGUCUGGGGAACUCAUCACACUCCUUCAGGCCAUGAGGAGGGAGCUGCUUGUUGACACUCAUGCUCUCCGUCUCCUCGAGGCACAGGUAGCUACAGGGGGCAUCAUUGAGCCACGUCGCGGUCACCGUCUGUCUGUGCAGGAUGCAUACCAGCACGGCCUAUUGAACCAGGAGGUGUUUAGCACCCUGUCUGAGCCCAGCGCCCACACCAAGGGUUUCUUUCACCCAGACACCCUGCAGAACCUCACCUACCUGCAGAUGAACAGCCUCUGUGUCCAGGACCCCAACACUGGGCUGCUACUCCUUCCCCUCAGGGACACACCACCGCACGGUCCCAGCUCAGGGCAGGGGCUGAGGCCCUGA